AUGUCUUUACCUCUACGACAUUCGCUAGAAAACGUAUCAUCCCUAGAUAGAGCAUUAGAAGAUCUAUUGGUACGUUUUAUCAUUAAUAUCCCUUCAGAAGAUUUAUCAAGUGUUGAAAGAGAACUCUUUCAUUUUGAAGAAGCAUCAUGGUUCUAUACUGAUUUUGUCAGAUUAAUGAACCCAACUUUACCAUGUUUGAAAAUUAAAUCUUUUGCCAACCAUAUUAUUCACUUAUGCCCAUUAGUUUGGAAAUGGGAUAUCAAAGCUGAUCAAGCAUUGCAUAUAUUUUCCUUAUAUAAGAAGACAAUUCCUGUACGUGGUGCUGCUAUUUUUAACGAGAAAAUGAAUAAAAUCCUAUUAGUAAAAGGUACCGAAUCUGACUCAUGGUCAUUUCCAAGAGGUAAGAUAUCAAAAGAUGAAGACGAUGUAUCAUGCUGUAUUCGUGAAGUAAAGGAGGAGACUGGGUUUGACUUGACUCCUUAUAUAGAAGAAGAUCAGUUUAUUGAAAAAAACAUUCAAGGCAAAAACUACAAAAUAUUUUUAGUAGCUAACAUUCCAGAUACAUUUGAAUUCAAACCACAAGUUAGAAAUGAAAUUGAAAAAAUUGAAUGGAGAGAUUUUAGAAAAAUUACAAAGUCAGUUUAUAAAUCCAAUAGUGGUACAAAAUAUUAUUUAAUUAACUCAAUGCUAAGACCGUUGUCCUUAUGGAUAAAACGUCAAAGACAAAUUAAAGGUGAGGAUAAAUUAAAGGCUUAUGCUGAAGAACAAUUAAAACUCUUAUUAGGUUUGACAAAGAGUGAGGAGAAAACUUCAGAUCCUGGUAGAGAACUGCUUAAUAUGUUACAUUCUGCAGUUCAAUCAAAAUCCAACAAAAACCAAAAUACAUCUAAGCACUCAAAUGAUAGCGAAGAUUCGGAAGAAGAAUACCCAUCUACAACUAAUCAAUCCACUUUUGAUUUUACUUUAAAUCAAGGAAAUUUACCCCAAGUCUCAAUGAAUGGCUCUCAACCUACCAAUCAAUUACCAUUUAUGUUUGGAUUACAGCCUUUUGCUCCAUUUCCAUUUGUAAACAAUGCAGGUGUAACAAACUUCCCUUUUGUUACUAAUUCACCUGCUCCUCAAGCAACUCAAUCUCAAGGACUCACUCAAUAUAAUUCCAUGAAUAUUGGUAACUUAAAUACUUACAACGAUAUGCAACCAAUUCCAAUUCAUCUGUCCACACCAAAUGUUGCUUCAUUAUCAAGACCAACUUUAGUACCAGCAACGUCGCAGAUAAAUAAUAUGAAUAAUAUCAACAACAUUCAAGAUUCGUCAACAGAAUCAUCUAUCAAACCUAAUUCAGAACUUCUAGAUUUAUUAAAGAAACCUCAAAUUCCAGCUAGUGAAGAUAAUAAUGUCAAACGGGAGGUUAAAAUAUUGAAAAGAGGAGAACAACUAGAUCAAGAAUCCGAUACUAAUCCUGAUAAGAAAUCCCCAGAUAAUUCCUAUUCAUUAUUAAACCAAUUAAUGAAUACAAAGACAAAUUCUGAAAAACAUACCAUGGAAUUGAAUCUAAAUAACAUAACUGAAUCAAGGAAUUUAUUGAAUAUGUUACAUAAACCACAUACUAAUCCACCCCCAAACACUAACCAGCCAACUUUUGUUCCUACUAAGCCACACAAUCUAUUAACUAAAGAAUCCAAUAGUAUCUCUAACUCUUCCUUAUUCACAGGUGGCAGUUUAGAAAAGGCUAUACUAAGUAAAAAUGACCACUCUAAUGGCAUGGAAUAUGAAGAUUUUGAAGAAAGCUCAGCCUCAGAAGAUGAAGAAGAAUAUAUUGAAAGAGAAUUAGAAGAAUUAGAAAUCGAAGAGCCACCGAGCUUUGGAACUGUAGAUCGUGAAGCUUUAAAUACAAAUUACUUCGAUUCGAAUGAAAUCCCUCACAUGGAUGUAUCAAAUAUUAGCAUGAACUCGACUUAUGAAUACUCCAGAAACCCAACCACUCUACCUGUAUCUCCAAGCAGCAGAAAAUUUAUGUCACCAGCUUUCAACGCUAAUAAUCAUCCUACAGACAAAGUCGAUGAUACUCCAAAAUCUAAACCAAAAUUCAAAAUAUUAAAGCGUGGUGAAAAGUUAGAUUCUCCAAAUUUAAAAACAGAACAACCAGUUUCAGUAAACAAUGACCCUAGCGAUUCUGAUUUAAAGUAUAUUUCAAAUGUUUCACUAAACCCAUCAUCAUCAUUAUUGAAUUUAUUAAAGAAACCUAGUGAAAAUGAAAACACCGCACAAGCAUCAACUGAUGGAUUAUCCCAACAAACUUCUAAUCUUCUUUAUCAGACUUCUGACUACCUGACACAGUCUGAAUCAACCAAUUUUAGUAAGCCAACUGAAUUAUUAAAUAUUUUGAAUAAAUCCAAAUACAAAUUCUAA